UGCGCAGUAGGACUGUUUCCAUAGCGCCGCUCCGACCUGCUGAGCGAGUUGAUUCUUCAACUUCUGAUUCACGUCCUUCGGGGACACAAGUAAUAGGACGUCGGGUGGUUUUAAUUGUCUAUACCGGGUGUUUUCCGAUCGCGUUGUUCGGAAAGUGUUUUUUCUCCAACAUGAGCCUUUUUCUUCGGAGAGCACGCGCUCUACUGAUAAACUAAUCAUUUGGGUCGGACUAAUUGAACAGGAGCAUAUUGUUUUUACCGCAUGGCCACUUUCUUUCAACGGCAAAUAUGAACUGCUUCAGCCAAAAGCUGAGACGCACAGCUCCCAUGCGCGGUAACAGUAGAAUGGAGCUGGUGCCCUCCAGGCCCCCCAGGAUGAACGGAUGGUCGUGGCCCCCUCAGGCUUUACAAGUGGUCGGCUGGCUGGUGUUAAGCUACCUCGCCAUAGUCAGCUUUGGCGUGUACAUCCCUCUUCUGCCUCUGCCAUGGAAGCCUGUGGUCUAUGCUCUGACUGGAAUUGCUUUUAUUGUACACGUUUUUGCCCAUAUUGCUGUUUUAACAAUAGACCCGGCGGAUGUCAAUGUGAGGGCCAAACAGAGCUAUUCCAGUCCAAUGGCGCUUUUUGACAGGUCGAAGCAAACGCACGUCAUCCAGGACCUACACUGUUAUCUAUGUGAUGUCAGGGUCGGCCCUAAAGUGAAACACUGUGGCGUUUGCAACAAGUGUGUGGAGGACUUUGAUCACCAUUGCAAAUGGCUGAACACCUGUGUGGGAGGCAGAAACUACCGGUGCUUCUUUGUGGCACUGUGUUCUGCCAUGCUGGGCAUCCUGCUGCUUGUUGUUGUCAUUUUAUUCAUAUUCAUUCAGCACUACCUGGAUCCAAACAGCCUGCGGACCGCCCCGCAGUUUGACAGUCUAAUGGGGAAUGGCACCUGGCUGGUGUUUUUACCCAUAGCACCCUUAAAGACCGGUUCAGCAGGUCUCCUUAUAUUAGCGUUCAUCACAGCCAUGCUGAGCAUCACCUCCAUGCUGCUACUCGGCCAUCUGCUGGCCUUCCACUUUUACCUCUUUUGUAAAGGCAUAAGCACAUAUGAUUAUAUAAAGAGGCAGCGACAAAAGGAAGCCAGGAACAUUGAAACAGGAAAUCACCAAGAUGCCAAAAUCACUAGCCAGGACCGACAGAAUCAAGAAACUUCAAUCGACUGUGAGCCAGCAUUAUCGCAUAGUUCAGGUACCUGCAAAUUUGACAACGAAGGCCCACUCACAAGCCGACUUUCAGAGUCGAUUUGCACUGAGGUGGAACACUUUAAUAAAUCAGCAGAUAAAGAGAAUAGCUUCCAAUAUGGCACAGAAAGUCUCACAAACAACACAGCAAUGAGCGAUUACAAAAGCUGCAAGCUGGACACUGAAGAGGCUCGGACCGCAAGUGAGAAGUCUGGUCAGCCUGUCCCCGGAGUGCAGGACCCUUUGGGAAGCUCCGUUAUGACCCCAAAUGACACUUAGCAGUUAGUAAUGUUUGCACGGUGGUGCAUCAGGAGAAUCUUUUCAGAAGAUAUGCCUCAUGAAACUGAGCCACAGGACCAUGGAGCAUUGUUGAUAAGGACAGAGUUGGACUGAACUCCACAGUUUGAUCCUGAGGCAGGUUCUUCAUCCAAUGGACAUUUUGCAUGCAGAUGGAAUAGCUGUGGCUCUGUCAUAGUGUUUUGUGCCUUUCUUUCCAUUUUAUCGCACUAGUUUUUUAACGAUUGAAUUAUUUAAAGCAUUGUUUUAUCUCACUUAUGUGUAUAAAAGGUCAAAGUCCAGCCCCAAUUCCAUGCUAGCCUCUGCUCUGCUAACGUUAGUCAGAUAGCUGGAAGUCUUGUCAUUUUAGCUGAUGGCCAAAAGUGAAGCCUUUUAUGGCAAAAGGCAUCGGCAUUUGUUUUUUUAUACCUUCAUGUUUAUAUUUUAUUCAAGAAUUUGAAGAAAGGACAGUACCAGCCCAUUACGAGUGGCUUCUAAAUUUUCUUUGUUAUUUUUCCAUUCGUGAGCUGUCACAUAUUGGCACCACUAGAUGUUACAACCAUCCCUUAAUGUUUAGGGGAACACAAAUGGUGCGUUUCCACCGAGCAGUACGGUUCGGGUCGGGUCGGUACCCUUUUAUUUGUGUCUCCACUGAGAAAAGUACCAAAAAUCCGCACCGUACCGUACCACUUUUUGGGUACCCUUCCGUUGGGGCACAGUUGUUUGGUACUAAAGGGUAGAGCAAGUGACGUUACCACUACUUUCUGGAAUACACCACGCCUAUUAAGUCAGGGUACUGUUGGCGGUGGAAACGCUCACCAAAUCAUGGUUAACAGACCCGACCCGUACCGACCCGACCCGUACCCUACCGUCCGGUGGAAACGCACCAAAAGAGUCCAAAAAUGGGACUGACACAGAAUAGAAAAAGGCUACCAAAGCACUCGCAGUUUAACAAUGACUAACGUUUAUUAACAGAUGAAAAGAACAAAAAACAGAACGUACCUUUACUAGCCAUGUACAGGAAAUACGUUGUGCAAAAGUAAUGGCUUUUUUUUCUUCGACAACGUCACCACAACUUUCAAAAGCAACAGCAUCAAGAGUUUGGGAGAGCUGUAUCAUGAUGCAAUGAAAGAAUCAGUUAAUAUCCAACAGAGAGAAGCAACAACAGUCACACGAGCUAAAGAGGGAGAUGGAACAGAAUCUCCACAGUUUUGGUGAUACAGGUACCGUGAAAAGGGCCUCGAAUAGAAGGGGGACCUUUUGCAUUUUGUUUUCAUCUAACUACCAUGUUUCAGAGUGGGUUGGCUCUGAUGUGAUCUAUCAUAAUUGAGAGAAUAUUGUACAAUAUAAUUUUGUAUGUGGCUUCAAUAUAACCUUGCUCCACUAACUGAGAUGUCAUUUUCAGUAAUUAAAUCCCACACAAUAAUAUAAAGAUGGUCAUGGAGCGCAUGUAUGGGGACAGUACUGCAUGCAUUUUGGGUAACAUUUGGCCAACACGUUUUGGUUAGCAAUCCAUUGUAAUAUAAAUGCAAGAAUCCUUUUUUAUGUGCUAUAGUUCCUGCAAGGAAGAAAAUAUUGCAAAGAAAUAUCAGAAGCCCGAAGCCAAACAGUGAUGUUUGCCAAUGAGAAAGUCCUAGUGGGGUGAUGGCUGCUAUUAACCACACGGUGGCGCACGUGAAGCAGCUAGAAAUUACUAUGACUAUGUCAUCAAGUGAUUUCAGUUAAGCAACUUUUUUAAAAUUAUGAUACAAGCUCUCUCUUCUCCGAUAGACAUAUAGUAGUAUGGUAUAUAUCUAAGAGCUGAGUAUGAAUAUAUGAUCUAUCAGCAAGGGUAGAGUUUACAUAAUGUCCACCCAUGUCCAUCCAUUGGGCUACAUGGUUAUGUAAUACAUUCACACGCUGGAACUCAGCAAGCAAGAUUCAGGGGGAAACCAUCCCUUUGGCCGACAGAGAGCCUCCUCGCAAUGAAAACGAGGUCCUUUAGGGUCCAUUUAACCGCAGCCAAUGUUCAAGGUGCACUAAUCAUAUAAAAACAUUUUUAUGGCUUCUGUAUGUGACCAUUGGCCACUCAUUUCCUCCCUCCUUUUCU